GUAUAGACUUGUUAUUUUUUAUGGGCAUGAGUAUUUUCCUUUUAUGGGCCGAACGAUCUUUUAUUACUAAUAGGCGAAAAAGGGGUGUUUUUCUUAUAAUAGAGACCAUUAUGAGCAUCUUAAGUUCGGCUCAGAGACCGAGGGCUAAUUUCGGUGUCAUCCGACUCAUCUCGACAUGUUCCUUCGAGUUGCAUAAAUUUUGUUCAUAUUCAUGA